AUGACCAGUGAGUCAUCUGGUUCUUUAUCUGAAUUCAUUCAUGAUGGUGCCCAAGAUGACAUAAAUUAUAGGGAUAAAUAUGUACAUAAUGUUUCUGUAGAGACGGGUGAAGUAUUUUCUGCAGAGUUUACACCCAGAAAUGUAGCCACCAUGAGAGGUGCAGAAAAGAACCAAGUGAGGGGGGAUGGUUUUACCAUUUCUCAAAACGAUCUUGUAUAUGAGGAGCUCAAUGGUCUACUUGGAAUUCAAAGAGGUUCCGAGAGUGGUAUGGAGUUCUCAGAGUUUUCUCCUAACAAUGGAUAUGCGUUAAGAGGCAAUUACAGAGCUUAUUUGGAUAGCACGAGUAGCUAUGCAAUGGAAAUUCCCGGGAAAGGACAACAUCGAGCAAGGUUCGCAGACGAAAGCAAUGGUGAUAGAUCUACAUCGGGGUCGCCUCUUCAUGCAUCAAAAUCCCUACAUUCGUUUUACCCCUACAACCAUAGUCCAGAAGUUUCGUACAAUUCUUUCCCCGGAAGAAUGAAAUUUAUCUGCAGCUUUGGAGGAAGAAUUCUGCCCAGGCCAAAUGAUCGUAGGCUUAGGUAUGUGGGCGGGGAGACUAAAAUGAUAUCAAUUAGGAAAGACGUAACUUAUAAUGAACUAAUGAAGAAGACUACAGCCAUUUGUAAUCAUCCUCACACGAUAAAAUACCAGCUGCCUGGCGAAGAUCUUGAUGCACUUAUAUCCGUGACUUCUGAUGAGGAUCUCCAUAACAUGAUCGAGGAAUAUCAUGAUUUGGAAAAAAGUUCACUACGGCUACGGCUAUUUCUCGUGCCUUCCUCCGAUGCCGAGAGUCUUUGUUCGUAUGAACCAAUGAGCUUACAGCAGACCGAUGCUGACUAUCAGUAUGUUGUCGCAGUUAAUGGUAUGCGGGAGCCAGGUCUGCAAAGGAACUCGAGCCGAGAGAACUUGGCAAACCAAAGGGAUAAUCCCGGUUCGUUCCAUCCAUUUGAGAUGCGGAAAAGAACCAAUGCAAUGAACAUAUUAGUCCCUCAAAAGCCCACUGCUCAUUGGUUUAACGCAUCUCAGACCCCUCCCAAAUCGUACAUGCAAUCUCCUCCUUUGUCUCCACCACCAGGUCAGUUUCUAGAUGUGGGAUAUAAUAAUUUUGCGUCUCCUGAUGGCCAUGAAUUCUAUAGCCCAAAACCAGCAUAUUGCUAUAAUAGUCCAUUGAGUUAUUACCAAAAAGAAAACACUCAUUUGUUGGAACCAAACAAGGCUCCUGAGCCCUUUUCUCAAAAUCGUAAAUUUAAACGUUGUAUGACUUUUCAACCUUCUCAUCAGAACGAUUUGGACUCCCAAAUGUCUGUGUCAAAAGAUAUACCACUGCAUUCCGAAAGGCUAAUACCUUCUCGGGACAUUAACUUGCUCCCUAGAGUAGAUUUUCAAGCUAAACCCGGUUAUGGAAUGCAUCAUGCAAUAUCCGAUCCACAACUGCUAUGUGAAGAGAGAUAUAAUGUCUCUUCAAACUUUAGUGGAGAGAACUCUCCCUCACUUGAAAUAUUUAGUUCUUCACCGGAAAGGUCAAUGCACUGGCAAGAGCUGAGAGAGCAGAAACAGUUUAUGAGUAAGAAUGAGCAUCAGAAAAAUCUUAAAGAACCAGAGAUUAACAAAGAAUAUGCAGAAUGGGGUCCAAAUUCAAUAAAUUGGAUAAAGCAGAAGAAUGCUUAUUCACCUAAGGAAGGAUCUUAUUUUGGAAUUAAGGAUAUCUGCACGCCAAAAGCUUAUGGAGGCAGGAACUCUUCUAAACCACGUGUUUCUCCCAGUAAUUCAACAACCGGUUGCAGAGAGAACUGCAAUGAUCCUAAUACUUGUCGGGAAACAACUUCAAAGCCACAAGUCAGUGAAAACAGAACUUUUGCUCCACCGCCUAUUAUACCUGAUUACUCCACAAACAACUGUAGGGAGAAGCAUGCUGCAUCUGGAACGACAAAAAACACUGAGGAUGGUUUCUGCUUAUCACAUGAACUGCAACCUGCUUAUCACAAGAACUCCGCAGAUAGAUCUGGCUUCUUUUUAGACUCGAACGAUCCCCGUAUUAGUGACAUAUCAUUUCCAAAUUCAGCUUCAGGUGCUGCUUUUGCACAAAAUGUUGGUAUCCAUGGGAAUAUAUCCAAUGGUAAACUGAAAGAGGAAAACUGUGAUAGAGUUUCUAACCAAAAACAUGAUUCUGGGGAUGAAGAAUUUUUUGAAUUUCAACUCUCAGAUAUUUCUCAUCACUGUAGAGUCCCGGAACAGAGGAUUCUUGGGGAAGAUAAUGCCAAUAACACACCUCCUGAUGCUCCCUUAUCUCCAGCUGUUGUACCACGUGUACAAGACGAACCCAGUGACGGGCUUCCACCCCUUGGAGAAAACAGAGAAUCUGAGAGUGUUCCCACCAAACCUGCUGAUAAGGAUGACAAAGUUGAUGGUGAUGGUGAGGGCUUAUCUAUCAGUACAAAUAUUGAAAUGGAGGCAGGGAUAUAUGGUUUUCAGAUUAUAAGAAAUAGUGAUCUUGGAGAACUGCGUGAGUUGGGUUCCGGUACAUUUGGAACUGUAUAUCAUGGAAAGUGGAGGGGAACAGAUGUUGCUAUCAAGAUGAUAAAAAAGAGCUGUUUUGCUGGCAGAUCAUCUGAUCAAGAGCAGUUGACUAAAGAUUUCUGGAGAGAGGCUCAGAUUCUUUCCAAACUUCACCAUCCAAAUGUAGUAGCAUUCUAUGGGGUGGUUCCUGAUGGACCUGGAGGAACAAUGGCUACAGUUACUGAAUACAUGGCUAAUGGGUCACUGAGACAUGUUCUUGUGAGGAAGGAUAGAAUUCUUGACAAGCGCAAAAAGCUUAUGAUUGCAUUAGAUGCUGCUUGUGGCAUGGAGUACUUGCAUACGAAAAGUAUUGUUCAUUUUGAUUUGAAAUGUGAGAACUUACUUGUCAAUUUGGGAGAUCCUCAACGACCGGUAUGCAAGGUUGGUGAUUUUGGACUGUCAAGAAUAAAACGGAACACUCUUGUUUCGGGUGGUGUUCGAGGAACACUUCCAUGGAUGGCGCCCGAGCUAUUAAAUGGAAACAGCAGUCGCGUUUCUGAAAAAGUUGAUGUUUUCUCGUUUGGCAUAGCAAUGUGGGAGCUCUUGACAGGAGAGGAACCAUAUGCAAAUAUGCACUGUGGUGCCAUCAUAGGUGGCAUCGUAAAUAACACUCUUAGGCCUCCCAUCCCUCAACAUUGUGGUUCCGAGUGGAGAAAGUUGAUGGAAGAUUGCUGGUCAUCUGAUCCAGCGGCAAGGCCAUCGUUUACUGAAAUAACAGACCGAUUGCGUACCAUGUCUGCAGCUCUCCAACGAAAGACAAGAGCGAGGAAAUGAGAUUAUACGUUAAACGUAAGUCUUAAGAACAAACUCGAGCAGAGAAAUUAUACAUGCCCAUACACUCUCUAAUCUCUAUUAAACAAGUUAACAAGCUACAUUCAUAAAUGUAAAUAUUGUAAAGUAUUAAGUUCUGUACAUUGAAGAUAUGAAUGAGAUACCAGAUAGUUU